GGGGCAGAGCGGGAGCGGACGGCGGAAGAUGCUGUGCCUCACGGUAGCCUUCCAGGUGCUGCUGCUGGUGGUGCUGGUGCCGUGCAGCCAAGGUACAGAUCGGUGUCCUUCAGCCUUCUGCGAGUGCUCUGACUGGGAGGAUUACAAAAUCACUUGCAGGGACAUCUACUUUAUUCCCAGCCUUCCGGAGGACACCCAGACCCUGAGAUUUUUGGAGACUCAUCUAAGAAAAAUUCCAAGUGAUGCUUUUUCCAAUCUCCCCAACAUCUCUAGGAUUGAAAUUCGAAAUCUUAGAAACUUGGAUUACAUAGAUCCAAAUGCCUUUAAGAACCUCCCACUUCUGAAAUACCUUGGUAUUUUUAAUACUGGACUCAAAGUAUUUCCAGAUCUCAACAAGAUCUAUUCAUUUGAUGUGAAUUUUUUGCUUGAAAUUGCAGAUAAUCCUUAUAUGACUUCAGUGCCUGCAAAUGCUUUCCAUGGGCUUUGCAAUGAAUCUCUAACCCUUAAACUCUACAAUAAUGGUUUCACCAGUAUUGAAGGCCAUGCUUUUAAUGGGACAAAUCUGGAUGCUAUCUAUCUGCACAAGAACAAAUACCUCAAAGUUAUCAAUGAUGAUGCAUUUCUAGGAGUGCACAGUGGACCAACUCUACUGGAUGUCUCCAGAACAGCUGUAGCCAACCUUCCAGCCAAAGGAUUGGAAAGCCUGAAAGAACUAAUGGCCAAAAAUACGUGGACUUUAAAGAAAUUACCAGCUGUAAAGGUAUUUCUUCAGCUAAUGCGAGCUGACCUAUCAUACCCAAGUCACUGCUGUGCUUUCAAGAGCUGGAAAAAAAGAAGUGGGAUCCUGGAGUACCUGAUGUGUAACCAGAGCAGUCACAGCUUUCAUAAGAGAUCAGUCAAGACUCUCAGAGACCCAUUUUACAAAGAUUAUGCAGAAGAAUACACAGACCACACCAAUUCUGUGUAUGACACAAACACCAAGUUCACAAGCUUUCAUGAAAAUCCCCAUUAUUACAUUUUUUUGGAAGAGCAUGGAGAAGGAAAUCUUGACUUUGGCAAAGAGUUCAAGAACCCUCAAAUGGAAGAUGUCCAGACCUUUGACAGUCAUUAUGACUAUCCCGUCUGUGGAGGCAAUGAAGACGUAAUAUGCACACCAGAGCCUGAUGAGUUUAAUCCCUGUGAGGAUAUAAUGGGAUAUCAGGUUCUGAGGAUUGUGGUGUGGUUUGUGAACUUGCUUGCCAUCCUAGGCAACAUUUUUGUCCUUUUCAUCCUUCUCACCAGUCAUUAUAAACUGACUGUACCUCGCUUUUUGAUGUGUAACUUGGCCUUUGCUGACUUUUGCAUGGGGAUAUACCUCCUUCUGAUAGCUUCAGUGGAUCUCCACACCAGGUCAGAGUACUAUAAUCAUGCCAUAGAGUGGCAGACUGGGCCUGGCUGCAGCACAGCCGGGUUUUUUACAGUCUUUGCCAGUGAACUUUCUGUGUACACCCUGACCGUGAUCACCCUGGAGCGCUGGUACGCCAUCACCUUCGCCAUGCGGCCCGACCGGAAGAUUCGCCUGCGGCACGCCGUGCUCAUCAUGCUGGGAGGGUGGCUCUCCUGCAUCCUGCUCGCCCUUUUGCCACUGGUUGGUGUCAGCAGCUAUAGCAAAGUCAGCAUCUGCCUGCCUAUGGACACUGAAAAACCAGUGGCUGAAGCCUACAUUGUCUUUGUUUUAAUAUGCAACAUUAUCGCUUUUGUCAUCAUUUGUGCCUGCUACAUAAAAAUCUACACGACUGUGCGAAACCCCCAGUACAAGUCAGGGGACAAAGACACCAAAAUUGCCAAGCGGAUGGCUGUGCUGAUUUUCACAGACUUUCUGUGCAUGGCUCCCAUCUCUUUCCAUGCUUUAUCUGCCAUUAUGAACAAACCAUUAAUAACUGUCUCCAAUUCCAAGAUUUUGCUGGUACUUUUCUACCCACUCAAUUCUUGUGCCAACCCCUUUCUUUAUGCUAUUUUCACUAAAGCUUUCCGCAGAGAUGUGUUUAUCCUGCUAAGCAAGUUCGGUAUUUGUGAGCAUCAGGCUCAAGUCUACAGAGGUCAGACAGUCUCAGCCAAACACAGCAGUGGGUCUUAUGGGCAGAGAAUCAGCCGAGGGAUAGGUCAGGUUCUUACAAGCAUUCAAGACCCAGUCAAUGAUUACCUUCCUGCUGUGACAAUGCAGAACCAAAUUCUCAUGGAAGAAUGCAAGCAAACUGAGCUCUAG